AUGCCACCGGGGCAACCAGGCGAAAAGCGGCUUGCUUUGUACCCGGCGCAGUGGCUGCGUCAGCUCACGACCAGCCGAUGGGUGCCGGCCAAAGAGGUGGCUGGUGCAGCGAAGCGCGGCUGGUUCAAGCCCUGCGAGGUGCUGUUGAAAGCUGAUGCCACCCGACCGGGUUUGCCGGUGGCGGAACUUCCAGCUGAGAUCAUCCGGCAACUGGAGGCAGUCAAGAGCCUAUUCGCCUGGGGCACGGUGGCCCCUGAACCUCCAGUGGAACGCCUGGCCUCCUUGGGAGCUGCAGCAGCGCGGAAGGCGGCCUCAGAAGCUCCGGAACCCUUGUGGCGUGCAGUGGUGCACGCGCACCGGGGAGGGAAUUUGAAACCGGCACAGAGGUCCAAGUUAAAGACCCUAGGCUCUUUGCCGGUCUUUCCCGCGCCUGUUGCCAUGUUGGACGGAGCCGAUCGUCUGACAGCGGCACGUUUGGUGGUGCCUCAAACAGGUGCCAGCCAAGAACAAGCGGAAGAGGUGAAAGCUCUCAUUGAGGCGAAAUGGCUGGUGGAUGUUCAUUCUGCUGAUUGGCCGCUGCGGGAUGUUGCGGAUGAUGUGCUCGCUCUGGUGGACAUUGCCACACGACCCAGCCGAGCAUGCACUGAAGCCUUCGUCUCCUGGUGCUGCAGCUUCGAGCCGGAGAACCCCAGCGAAGAGCUCCGAACGGCGCUGACGCACGCGUUGGCAUCCCUUGCAGCAGAGGCCACGAAGCUGAAAUUGAAGCCUCCGCAGGCCAUGCAGAAGAUAGUGCCAAACCUCAAGCUCUUCUGCAAGGUGGUUCCGGUGCUCAAUGAUGAUGUCACCAAAGCUGCGAUGCUGACACCUGCCCAGGGUCUGCAGCUCCUAGGGAUUUUGGACCAUCCGAAGAGCCACUUCCCUUCGGCCGCACGACUUCAGGCCAAAGAUGAACAGGUGAUCGAAGCGCUUGGCAUUUUGAAGCUCAGCGAUCCUCGCGUCAAGCUUCAGACCAGGAUCACCGGCGCUGCCGAGAUCGUGCCCGGGUCAGAGGAGCGCAUCAGCGUGGUGUUGAAACUGCUGUGGCGUUCGGCAAACAAAGAGUUGCCGUCGGAUCAUGUGAAGGUGCGCUUGCGCAAGUGUGAGACGAUUGCGCGGGAACUCUCGCUCGGUGAUGGGGAGCACAAGGCCUGCAUGGAGGCGUUCGCAAUGUGGGGGGAGAAAGAAGAAGAUGGCGAAACCUGCUAUGAUUUGCUGGUGGCUGGAGACGUAGAUGAUUAUGCUGCAGAGGUGGAAGAGCUCUUUGAAGCGAAGUUCGACGCCAUCUUCAGGUGCUGCGAGACGCGUCCGGCCAAGGUGCUGCGCUUGUUGCGACAUUUGGAGAGUGACAAGGACUUCAACAAGUUUCUGGCUCGGGACUUUGCAGGAGUUCUAGAGCAGCAGGAGAUGGAGAGACGCAAAGCCGAGGCGCGAGCUUCACAAAUGGCGCAGACAGCAAGGAAGCGAGCAGAGGAGCAGCAAGCGAAGCAACAGGCCCAGCAGCAGGCGGAGAAGAAAGCAGCACUGGAGCAACAGGAGCAGGCAGAAAGGGAGCAAAGAGAAGAGCUGGAACAAUUUCUGCAGGCUGCUACGACAGCAAAGGCACAAGCAGAGAAUGAGACCAUGGCAGGCAUUGCCAAGGCCCAAUCUACGGCCUCCAGCCUUGAUGUCCCGGCCGCCAAAGCACUUGCGGCAGGUCUUCAGGGUGGGGCUGCAAACAUGGCUGUGCCAGUGGGAGCUUUGCAGCCCGGGGCUGUAGCUGCAAGGGUUGUGCCUCCCAGAGUCAUUCCGCCCCCUGCCCAGCUGAAACAGGAGGCGGAUGCGAGCGCAGCGAGCCUCGCCGUUCCGCCAGCUGCGAGCCCCGCUGACGUCAAACGCGGCGGCAUCUAUCCUUUGCCCAACAUGGCCAAGGUGGGCCUGGUGGUGCCGCCACGCACUAUUCAGGCAAAAGCUGCUACGGAGGCAACUCCAAUUGCUCCAGAGGCAGAUGCUGAGAAGUCUGAGGAAAGGCCCACGAAAAAACCUAAACUGAACGAGGAGAAUGGCAACGAUGGCAACCAGGUGACCCAGGUGAAUGGAAGUGACCCCUUAGCGACUUUGCAGGAGGAGCUGGGAAAGCUGCGACGAGAGAAUGAAGCCCUAAGGAUUCGAGCUGGGCAUACAGCAACGCAGUUUCCAAUACUACCAGGUAGUCAGGAGCAGGAAGAUGAUGAAGAAGGGGAAGUGAAAACAGUGGCCACCAAGGGGGAGAUCAAGAGGAUGAAACUCGAGGCUAAGGAGGUAUUGUACCGACCCAUCUCUGAGGGAUUUGGAUACAAGAUGCUCCAAAAGAUGGGUUGGAAGGAGGGUGAAGGCCUUGGCAAAGAAGAAAAGGGCUUGGCUACCCCGUUGUGGGUUGAUCCUCGCGAGGGGAGAAGUGGGCUAUUUUCUGCACAAUCAGGGGAGUCGCGGCCGGUUAGACCAGCAACAGAACUGGAGGACUACUUCAAUCCCAAGCCCUUAGCAGCCAACCCGGUGCGUUUUGUAAGUGAAGGUGGCGAAACCACCGAGACGAAAGAAGACAGCAUCAGUUCGGACCUGCGGGGUCUGGGGUUUGUGAAUGCACAAUCUGCAGCAGGUGGAUCUGGAAAAGUCCUUCCCACCGGCGCAGUCGCUCCACACUUCCGAAGAGCUUCGGAAGCCUUGCCACGCUCCAGACCGAGUGUGGCACAAGUGGCACCUGCAUUGUUCGGCCUGUUGGCGGAUCAGCGGUGGCAGAGCGGGGGUGCUUCCAAUGGCGCAUUUCUACUUGGUCAACUCCUGGAGGAGGCCUUAGACCCCAGUUCUGCGGAACGUUUUCUGCAACUGGUGGAUGAACGCCUAGGGCCGCAGGUUACGGCGCACUUGGCCCAAAUGUGA